AUGUAUGCAACUUUUUUAUCUAGUAAAAUAUGUUAUAAAGUUUUAAUUUAUAGGGCUAAUACUCAUCCAUUGAUAAAAUGGGGUCAAAAGAAGGAUCAUAUUUUAUUAACAAUUGCUGUACAAGAUAUUGAUAAACCGGAAAUAAAUAUUGAACCAACAAAACUUCGUUUUAAAGGACAACAAACACAAGGAUUAAAUUAUGAUACAACAUUAGAAUUUUUUGAUGAAAUAGAUCCAAAAAUAUCAAAAUAUCGUAAAACAAGUCAAAACCAUUGGGAAUUCAUGUUAAAAAAGAAAGAUUCAACAAAACCAUUUUGGAAACGAUUAACUAAAUCUACUGAAAAAUGUUCAUGGAUUACCGUCGAUUGGAAUCAUUUUACAGCUGAAGCUGAUGAUGAUGAUGAAAUGGAUGUUGCUGGUGGUAAAGAUUGGGGUGAUUUAGAUGGUAUGUUUAAACAAAUGGGUGCUGGUGGUGGUGGUGCUGGUUUAGGAGGUACAUCAGAAACUGAUCUCAACGAUCUUGAUGAUGAAGAAACAGAUAGUGACGAUGAACCAAUGCCGGAUCUUGAAGAUGUACCGAAAACUGAUGAUGAAAAAGCCAAAUCUAAUGUAACAAAUGAACAAACUAAAUAA